AUGAAGUUGUAUGCGAUAUUUUUUAACCUGGUAGUUUUAUUUUUUGAAGUCGUACUUCGGUUGUCACGUUGUUUAUAUUUUAAUGUACACUAUUCGUAACGAAGUUGAGUCCGUGGCCUGAAGAAAACGACGAUGUCUACAAAGAAACUGGCGAAACAAUUAGGGUUCGUGAGGAAACGCAGUCAGUCAUCAACUGGACAGAAGAAACCACUAACAUCUAAUCAAAUAUUCCCAUAUCUGAUUGUCAUCGACUUCGAAUCCACAUGCUGGAGAGAGAGGAACAGCUACGGGCAGGAGAUUAUUGAGUUUCCUGCUGUUCUCCUGAAUACCUCUACAGGCGAGGUGGAGUCAGAGUUCCAUACGUACGUUCAGCCACAGGAGCACCCCGUACUGUCUGAGUUCUGCACCGAGCUCACUGGAAUCACACAGCAACAGGUGGAGGCCGGGGUUCCCCUCCACAUCUGUCUGUCUCGGUUCUCCCGGUGGCUGCAGACUCUGGAGCACCAGAGGGGUGUGGUCUUCCCCAGGGACCAGAGGGCUCCAAUCGCAGAGCACCGUCCCUGUGCCUUCGUCACCUGGUCAGACUGGGACCUGGGGGUGUGUCUGCUGUACGAGUGUAAACGGAAGCAGCUCCACAAACCUGCUGUUCUGAACAGCUGGAUAGACCUGAGAGCUACGUACAGACUGUUCUACAACAGAAAACCCAAGGGACUGAAUGGAGCUUUACAGGAUCUAGGGAUACAGUUCUCUGGACGGGAGCACUCAGGUCUGGACGACGCCCGUAACACCGCCCACCUGGCCUGGAGGAUGAUGAGGGAUGGCUGUUUGAUGAAGAUUACACGCAGUCUGGAGAGGGCGCCUUUGAAGACCAAACCCCUGUUUGGAAAUGGGAACGUGCCAGGGGAUGGUUGUCCUGGCUACAAGAGGGAUAACAAAACCACUAUCAAAAACCCCUCCAAGACGACAGAGAGCGGUGGUGGCGGCCAUCUUGAAAAUCGACCCAACAGCAAGCCAGUUAGCAACACGGAUGUUGUUGAGACACGACCCAAGCCUUCAGACAACAUGGUUCCCAACACAGAGGUGAACUCUAACUUAACCGCUGAACCUGUUCAGUAUCAGAGUAUUGUUUCACCAAAGACCCUUCUCAAUGGUCUGACCACUCCAAUGUGUGGUGGUGGUGGUAGUAGCAGAACAGGUAGAAUAGGAACCAUACGGUCCGUCUCCUCUCCUAUGACUUUCAAUAUCCCCUCUCCUCAUCACUACAUCAACAGCCUCGUUCUGGUCUCCACUACUGUGAAUUGCAUUACCCAUCUACCCCAGCCAGACCCGACCCUUGACCCGAAAACAGCAAGUAUGGAGGAGGACGUGCCCAUCUCGUGCGGUUCGUAUGACGACGUGGUAUUGGAGGAGGACUGGGAUGUCACGGUUGGUGACGAGGCUUCUGUUGCUGAUGUGUACACAGAGAACCAGAGGUUUGAGGUGGAUGAUACCUCGGUUUAUGGGAGGACCUUGCUGUGUCCAAGCCCAGUACAUUCAAAUCCUGGUAGAGGUCCAACCAACAGUAGGCCUAGGUCCAAUACCACCAACACGCCCUGCCAACAUCUGACUAGCCUGGUACACAAGACCGAUACUAGAACAUCCUCCAGUAACUUGGUGUCUUUCAAGGCUGGGACAACAAGGACCUACAACACCUCUGCACCUAACAGUCUGUCCACUUCCUCUUUUGUCACACCCAGACCCGUUACCCCUGGCUCAAACCUCUCAGAUACACGGUCAAGACUGAACACGGAAACGUCAAACUCCUUUGUGAUCGAGAAGAACGAAUCGAGAACAUCCUCCAGUUCUGCAAAAGCUGCGACAACGAGGAUAUACAACACCUCUGGGUCAAAUAGUUCAUGUAGUUUCUCCUUCGACAAACCCAGACCUGUUACCCAUGAUUCCAACCGCUCAGCUACACGGUCAAGACCUCAAACGGCAACAUCGAACAACUCCUUUGUGAUCUACAAGGACAAGCCGAGAGCCUCAAAUACCACUUCCACAUCCAAUACCUCAACAGCAUCCAAUACCUCAACAGCAUCCAAUCAUUCCUUUGUCAAACCCAGACCAGGCCUCCAGAACUCCAACCUCCAUGCUACACGGUCAAGACCUCUCACAUUAAAAAACCCUGGUAACUCCUUCACACCCAUGUCCUCUACGACUAACCUUCCCAAUCCAACUAGACCCAAACCAGUUACCACCAGCAGUGACUCUAACCUCUCUGCUUCAAAGACGCCAAAUGGCUCUGCAUCCAGUCUCUCCUUUGCCAGGCCCGGACCUGUCGUCCAUAUCCCCGACCCAUCGACUUCACGUUCGAGGCUGCACGCAGAGAUGCCAAACGCAUCUUUCACCAUCCACAAGUACUCCUCUUGCCUCGCCUCUGUCUCUCGUCCCUCUGUCGGUGGAUCGUUCUCCGUCCUCUCCUCGUCCGUUAACCGCUCCUCGCUCCCGCCAACCCGCAGCACCAAGAUCACGGCCCCGCUGUGCGACUGCGGGCGGCGAGCCAAGCGUCUAACGGUGUGUAACGGCGGCCCGAACCAAGGCCGAGCGUUCUACUGCUGCACGGUGCGUAAACACGGCCCCGGGGGGACCAGGAAGGGAUGUGAGUUAUUUAAGUGGGAGUCUGCUCUCCUCCAGGCUAAAUCACCAGCCUCCGCUGCCAACUCCAUCGCUCUGCGUUUUGGUCUCAACCCCAGUGUUGUUCGUCCCCCUGUCGUCGUCUAGGACGAGAUAUCAGUUAGCUUGAGGUCAUAGGGAGACUCUCAACAGCAUUUCCUUCUCAUCCAAUGGGUUCGAGAGGACACAAGGAAUCAAGGAAAUGCAAUUGAGAUUCUCCUCACUAAGGUGUCAUAUUUUAAACUGUACAUUAUGAGAAUGUGUAUGAUGUUGUUUUGUUUUUAGUAUAUGAUUUAUGUCCACAUACUAAAUCUGGUUCGUUCAUUGACCAAUAUCCUGUACAGUUUCUAAAUAGAAUUGAUCCUCCAUAAUGUGAGAUGACAUGAUGUCAUAAUGAAAUGGUAGGUCGGCACUGUCAUAAUAAAAGAUGUCAUGACUUGUAAUUACA